AUGAUCGCUGGUAUUGCACCCAAAAUCUACGCCUCAUAUUUGAGUCUGGGAUAUUCACCACUGGGGUCUCGAGGAACAGCAGGUGUCAAGAGCGACGUCCUUAAGCAUCCAGUGAUCAACGUGGUGGCAGAGAAGCUGGGGAAGACUCCGGCUCAAGUGGCCCUUCGUUGGGGCCUCCAAGCAGGUCACAGCGUCCUCCCUAAGAGCUCGAGCGAGAACAGAAUCAAAGAAAACUUCCGUGUCUUCGAUUGGUCUAUCCCUGAAGAAUUAAUGGCCAAGUUCUCUGAGAUUAAGCAGGAGAGGCUAAUCAAGGGAACUGGAUUUGUUCACGAGACACUUGGGUUCUACAAGACCAUUGAAGAACUCUGGGAUGGUGAACUGUGA